CAAUUCAAUGGGUUGAAAUCCUGCAGCCACUGGCAGGGGCGGAUCUUCUGGCAGAGUUGUAAUUGGCGUCCCAGAUCACCAAUGAAACGUCAAAUCUGCGGGAGUCAGCGCAUGGCAUUGGCUGGCGCAGAAAGUGGGCUGCGGCAAAACCAACUAGCCGAGCGUCGGACCUUCAGUCCUGUGCGAGCGGAGACCACCGGAGCGCCAAAGAAACUGGGACAGUCCAGAUAACAUCAGUAGAGCAAAGAAGUCAGACAACAGCUAAUAUUUAAUUGUUCGUUAGAAGUAGGGAUUAUGACACUUUCAAAACGUUGCAUCGAGUCUAUACAAUGAAUGGAUUUUUGCUUUUGUGCGUUUGUACCAGAAUGUCACGUUUCUCCUGAAGCAAAAGCUUGUUUUGCUGAACUCGGCUGCGCAGGGAGAAAACGCUCUGGGGAUCCGAUCAGCAGUGGACAUCACAGAGGCAGAAUGGUUUUCUGCAGACAGCACUAGUGUACAUGGAAAAAAGAUUUCCACCUCUUUUCCACAAGCCUUAAGCAGCUGCGCCUUAACUCUUGGAGCUGGUGAUGGGAGUUUUGGAAUAGAUUUUUUUCAAGUGCACUUGUUGGUUUGGAGAUGAUUGUGUUUCUGCUUCUGCUGUGUCUUGCGAAUGGCGUUGUCUCUCAGAUACGUUACUCGGUACCGGAGGAGGGGGAGCACGGAACGUUCAUUGGGAAUAUCGCGGAGGACUUGAGCUUAGACCUCACGAAACUCGCGGCUCGCAGGUUUCAGACUGUGCCCAGCUCGCGGACUCCUUACCUGGAGGUAAACCUGGAAACCGGUGUGCUUUACGUCAAUGAGAAGAUUGACCGGGAGCGCAUUUGUAAACAGAGUGCCACCUGCCUCCUCCACCUUGAGGUGUUUCUCGAGAACCCACUCGAACUCUUCCGCAUCGAGAUCGAGGUCUUGGACAUUAACGACAAUCCUCCUGAAUUCCCGGAGACCGACAUCACCGUGGAGAUCUCCGAGAGUGCAACCCCGGGCACCCGCUUCCCGCUGGAGACUGCCUUCGACCCGGACGUUGGCAGUAACGCAUUACGCACCUACGACAUAACCACAAACAACUAUUUUUACCUGGACGUACAGACGCAGACCGAUGGGAAUAAAUUCGCUGAGCUGGUGCUGGAAAAACCUUUGGAUCGGGAGCAGCAGGCAGUUCACAGGUACGUGCUGACCGCAGUGGAUGGUGGCCAGCCCCCUCGGACUGGCACAGCGCUGCUGGUAGUGAAAGUACUAGACUCCAACGACAAUGUUCCGGUGUUUGAUCAACCCGUGUAUUCGGUUAGCCUGGCCGAAAACGCGCCAGUGGGAACGCUGGUUAUUCAGCUUAACGCAACUGACGUCGAUGAGGGAAUGAACGGAGAAGUUGUGUAUUCUUUCAGCAAUCACAUCUCCAGCAGGGUUAAGGAGCUAUUCGAUAUAGACCCACGCACAGGGAGGAUAGAAGUGCGCGGGGAUGUGGAUUUCGAGGAGAGCAGUCUGUACCAGAUCUAUGUACAAGCAAAGGAUAUGGGACCAAACGCCGUGCCUGCGCACUGCAAAGUUCUGGUGCAAGUGACAGAUCUGAAUGACAAUGCGCCUGAGAUCACCUUCAGCACAGUCACGGAGUCCGUUAGCGAGAAUGCUACUCCGGGAACAGUAAUUGCGCUGCUCAGCGUCACGGACAAGGACUCCGAGGAAAACGGACAGACUCAUGUAGAGAUCCUGGGCGAAGUGCCAUUUAAGCUCAAAACCUCGUUUAGGAACUAUUACACUAUUGUCACGGAUGGCCCGUUGAACAGAGAGAGCGUAGAUACCUACACCGUAACGGUAGUGGCCAGAGAUAAAGGCUCUCCGUCUCUUGCCACAAGUAAAUCGAUUAAACUUCAAGUUUCUGAUGAAAAUGACAAUGCGCCAGCGUUUACGCAGCCCAUUUAUGAUGUGUAUGUAACUGAAAAUAAUGUUCCCGGUGCUUACAUUCACGCAGUGAACGCAAUAGACCCUGAUAUUGGUCGAAAUGCGCAUUUAAAUUACUCCAUACUGGAGUGUGACAUACAGGGUAUGUCGGUCAAAACCUACGUGUCAAUCAACAACGAGAGCGGAGCUCUUUACGCCCUCAGGUCAUUCGAUUAUGAGCAGCUCAAAGACUUUAGUUUUACAGUCCAGGCAACAGACAAUGGUAUCCCCGAGCUCUCCUCAAACGCCACAGUAAAUGUGAUUAUAGUGGACCAGAACGACAAUGCCCCCUCUGUAAUUGCACCACUGGGCAAAAACGGUACGGCCAGAGAGCCUCUACCCCGCUCAGCCGAGCCAGGAUACCUAGUCGCUCGCAUCGUCGCCAUGGAUGGAGAUGAUGGAGAAAACGCACGGCUGUCUUACAGCAUCCAGAGGGGCAAUGAAAACGGCAUGUUCCGUAUGGACUGGCGGACCGGAGAACUAAGGACUGCACGCAGAGUGUCUGCCAAGCGGGACCCCCAGCAGCUGUAUGACCUGUUGAUCGAGGUUAGGGACCACGGUCAGCCACCUCUGUCCUCCAGCGCCAGUGUGAUGGUGACGCUGGUGGAUAGCGUGGUGGAGGGCCACAAUGGGGACCGGAGCGGUACGGCCAAAGCGAAAGAAACCAGUCUGGACCUGACUCUUAUCCUCAUCAUCGCUCUGGGCUCCGUUUCCUUCAUCUUCCUCCUCGCCAUGAUCGUGCUUGCAGUACGCUGUCAGAAGGACAAGAAGCUCAAUAUCUACAACUCGUGCCUGUCCGGCGACUGUUGCUUCCUGGGCUGCAGCUCGUGCUGCUGCGGCAGGCAGGCGCGGGCCGCUCGGAAGAAAAAAAAACUGAGCAAGUCGGACAUCAUGCUGGUGCAGAGCGCGCACGCCAGUGCAGCCACCAACGCGGCCGUCAGCGUCGCAAGCGCGUCGCAGGUUCCCGUGGAAGAAUCCGGGAGCUUCGGCUCGCUCCACCAAAGCCAGAACUAUUGCUACCAGGUAUGUCUGACACCGGAGUCUGCCAAAACCGACCUCAUGUUCCUCAAGGCCUGUAGUCCGUCACGGAGCGCCGACACUGAACACAACCCGUGCGGAGCGAUAGUAACAGGGUACACUGACCAGCCGCAGCCUGACAUCAUAUCCAACGGCAGCAUCUUAUCAAAUGAGACCAAACACCAGCGUGCGGAGCUCAGCUACCUGGUGGACAGACCGAGGCGUGUGAACAGCUCGGCCUUCCAGGAGGCGGAUAUCGUGAGCUCAAAAGACAGUGGCCACGGGGACAGCGAGCAGGGAGAUAGUGACCACGACGCUACGCAUCGAGGACACACUUCCGGCGCUGACCUCUUCUCGAACUGCACAGAAGAGUGUAAAGCACUGGGCCACUCGGACCGAUGCUGGAUGCCCACCUUCGUGCCCACGGACAGUCGCCAGGGCGCUGAUUACCGUAGCAACCUUCACGUGCCAGGCAUGGACUCCGUGCCCGACACUGAGGUAUUUGAGAGCGAGGCACAGCCGGGGGAUAAGUCAUUCUCCACCUUUGGCAAAGAGACGUCCCUCCACAACCACCUCCACCACAACCACAACCACAGCCACCACCAAAACAACCACCAGUACAACCAACACAACCUCCACCAUCAUGGCACCAUAGACCGGAGAGAGUUAGAUGCACUUCUGUCUAACUCGCGUGCGCCUUACAAACCUGCCUAUAUGACGCGGAAAAGGAUAUGCUAGCUCUUUUCGUGUGGACAUACCAGAGACCGCAUGAGUGUCUUUUCAUUUCUUUUUUUUUUGUGCACAAUCAGUCACAACCGACGAGGAAGAGCAUCAAGAUAUUUUUUUUCAACUCCGUUCCCUUAGCCGUCCAUCUUGCUGCCUGCGCCCAUGGACUGCUCACGCAGACACUGGAUCAAAGGGCGGACAAGGAGAAAGAGAGACUCAAAUGGAGGCAAAUGGCCAAGAUACACACUCUCAUGGGUUGGAUCUCAGCCGGACUGAGAGAAGGAGUUAAGAACAUGGAACGGACAGAUGAGAAUGGAGGAGGUGGAGGAGGAGGAGGAGGAGGAGGAGGAGGAGGAGACGAACGAGAGCGGAGCUGUUCCUCUCGCGUCAUCCGUGUGUGCCUGUUUACAGCGCUACUGUACAUCUUUAAAAGAACAAACAAAUGAACAAACAAAUAAACUAAAAAAAACAAACAAAAGGAAAGUUUGUGAAGACAAGAAGGAGGGUAGGGGAAAAAAAGAGACUAUGUUGUGGAAAAACGGAAAUAUUCACUGAGCCCUUUAGAUGUUUGUAUACACACCGAGAAGCCAACUGUACAGGAGAAUUCUUUGUGCAUUACAAAAUGCAAUAUCACUCUUUUAGACUUGACUGUUUUCUACUCUGUGUGUGCGUAUGUGUGCGUAUAUGCGCCUGUGUGCGUGUGUGUGUGUGUGUGUGUGUGUGUGUGUGUGGUCAGGUGUUUCUCCACGUCUAUUCCAGCUUUAUAAAAAACAAAAGAAGAAAAAAAAAUACAACAGAUGGUCAGGAGUUCUGUGAUCAGGAGAUUAUUUUGGGGCGGUUUUUAUUUUAUUUUUAUUUCAAUUUCAUUUUUUCUUUUGCGGGAGGGUGGUUCUGUUUUUGUGUUCAGCAUAGUGGGCCAAGACUCUAUCGGCCUACCACUCACCUCUCAGAUACAUCCAGUAGUUUAUAUCACGUGUGAAAAAAGUGUUUACUGUACUAUUUUAAAAGCUUCAAAAUAAAUACAAAUCUAUAUAUAUAUAAAUCUAUCUAUAUAUAUAUCUAAACUUUUUCUCUCAGAAGGUGUGGUAUCCGAACACUAUGUUUUACCAGUGUAGUCUUGGCUGCUCAGAAGCAAGUGCUUAGAUGACAAACAUUACAGGGGUGCUCAGUUGGACAGCAAGCCUUAUCUUGACAACACGUUUUCAUCAUUUCAGAAAGGACUCUCCUUUUUCCACUUUUUUGGAUAUUGAGAUUUAUGUCUAUAAAUAAAAAGGAAAGUAAGACUUUAGAUUUGAAUUCAUUGUAAUUCUGUGUUAAUGUAGCCAAAAAAACGCGCCAUUUUUUAACCAGAGGCCAAAUAUGAGAGGAUUAUACAGUAUAACACAUAAACACACACACACACACACACACACAUGCAGGCACACCUAAAUAUAAAGAGGUGACCAAUAAACUGACAAGCAACAA